AUGGGUGCAAUGAGAGUCGAAAAAUUAGUUUCAAUAGAAAGAAUUAGAUAAGCAUUUAGAAUGCUUGAUAUUGUAAUUAAUUUUAUAAUUUUAGAAUGGUGAUGGAUAUAUUUCAAAAGAAGAACUUGAAGAAGCUAUGGGAUUUUUAGAACCUGAAAUAUGGGAAUAGUUUUUAAAUGAUUGUGAUCUAAAUAAAGAUGGAAAAAUAUCUGAAGACGAAUUUAGUAAAAUUUUAACUACCACAUGA